GUUUGGCGAAAUAACUGCCAUACUCUUUUCGAACUUUGAAAAAAUUUAGAUAGUGGCAAUACAAAGUAACUCAUUAUAGGUAGGAGGAUCAUUUGGCUGUGUAACAGCCUCGCGGCUCUCGGAUGAAGGAAAUGGAGUAUCGCAGUGUCGUCUUCAACGCCGCGAGGGACGGUAAACUCAGUCGGCUGCGGAUUUUUCUCGACCACAAAUCCUCGGAAGAGAUAUGGCGGCUUGUUCACGCCAAGACGUACGGUGCUACCCCACUCAUCAUGGCCUGCCGAAAUGGCCACCUUGACAUUGUGAAAUAUCUGCUUGAUAUAUGUGAGGCUGACAUAGAACAAGUGGGCUCGGUGACGUUUGACGGAGAGAAAAUCGAAGGCGCCCCGCCGCUGUGGUGUGCGGCCGCCGCAGGGCACCUGUCUAUCGUCAAGAUUCUGGUUGAGAGGGGUGGGGACGUUAACAAGACAACUUUCACCAACUCCACCCCACUCAGGGCAGCCUGCUUUGACGGACACUUUGAUAUCGUCAAGUACCUUGUAGCCCACAGUGCAGACAUUGAAAUAGCAAACCGACAUGGUCACACUUGCCUGAUGAUCUCCUGUUACAAAGGGCACAUGGACAUAGCUAAAUAUCUACUUCAGUUAGGUGCAGACGUCAACAGAAAAAGUGUCAAAGGGAAUACAGCCCUACACGAUUGUGCCGAGUCAGGUAGUCUGGAUAUCCUGAAGAUGUUACUGCGCCAUGGCGCGAAGAUGGAGCGAGACGCAUAUGGCAUGACACCAUUGCUGGCCGCCGCUAUCUCUGGCUACACCAAAAUUGUUGAGUUCCUGAUCUCUAGGCAGCAAUGUGCAAAGUCUGAGAGAAUCAGUGCUUUAGAACUACUCGGGGCCACGUAUGUGGAUAAAAAACGUGAUAUGUUGGGGGCUCUGAACUUUUGGAGGCAAGCCAUGGAGGAGAGAUAUUCUGACACCCGAAACCCUGUAGUUAAGCCCAUUAAUAUCAGCAAGGUGGCAGCGUACGAGAAUGCUGAGGAGGUGAGGACACUAGAACAGCUGGAUGAGCUGAUCUCUGAUCCGGACGAUAUGAGGAUGCAGGCCUUGCUGGUCAGGGAGAGAAUCCUUGGCCCUGCUCACCCUGAUACCUCCUACUAUAUACGUUACCGCGGCGCCCUUUAUGCUGAUAUGGGCAACUUUGAUCGCUGUAUUACGCUAUGGAUGUACGCUUUAGAUAUGCAGCAAGGAAUUUUAGAACCCCUCAGUCCAAUGACACAAAGCAGUUUUUUGUCAUUCGCGGAGCUCUUCUCUUUCAUGACAACGGAGUGGCGGAGUCGUCCCACAUACCUCAUCGCAUUUAAUGACAUCAUGGCCGUCUUGACACGAGCAGUGGACGAAUUGGAGAGGGGAGGCAAACUGCUAUCCAAGACGGAUAAACCCGAGCGAGACUUAACCAACUAUAAUCGGUUACUUGUGAUCAUUAUGCAUCUGCUGUGCUUGAUGUGUAGAAUUCAGACCUCACUGACUUCUGAAGAGGAACACCUCUUCAAGAUAAAAGCUUAUAAGCUUGUACAUAUGCACCCGAAAGGUGAAAAGAGUUCAAGUCCCCUGCACCUGGCCUGCUCCCGAGAUACGACGCAUGUUGGCCGCUAUCCUGUCUGCUCCUUCCCCUCAGCCGAAGUUGUGCGUUUACUGGUAGAGGUUGGCGCGCCAGUGGAUGACAAAGACGAUGACAAUAAUACUCCGCUGCAUGUAGCUGCUAGCAAUAGACCCUGCAAGUCUGAGGUUAUUCGAGCUUUACUUGGCAGUGGGGCUCACAUUGAUGCCUGCAAUUGUGAUAGAAAAACCCCUAUGCAACUCAUCAGAGGUUUAACAAUAUAUGACAUAGUCUCGCCCUUGAACUAUCUUUCUCUGCAGUGCUUGGCAGCCAGGAAAAUUGUCAAAUGUGGUAUCCCUUAUCAAGGACAAGUUCCCAAGAAAAUGGAAAUGUUUGUGGAAAUGCAUUGAUGCUGAGCUUAGCAUUUUAAAAUGCUUUUCCACUACCCAAAGGUGCUUUCGAUAGGUAUCAAAAAUUUAUCUAGUGUAUUUUCUGCUUUGUAUUAUUAAAUGUUGCCAACUGUUGAUGAAUCCAGAUAUCAGUUAUAUUUAAGUUUUCAACAAACUGACUCACAUGUCUUUAGUGUAUUGGUUUAUCUUGCCAGUUAUUUAUGAAGUGUUAUACCUAUUUUAUGUUUUGUUGGUAAAAAUCAUGGAUUGAAGAGUAACUAUACACUGGAAGACCAGAAAACAUUGAUAUCAAAAAAAAAAAGUGAUAGUAGUUGUGUUUUAGGAAAAUACAAACUACAGAAUUUAUUAAA